UGGGCGUCUUGCUGAUAGUUUAUGUUUGGUCUUAUAAUGGGUUCUCGAUUCCCAUCUCAUCAGUUGAGCAGUGGCCUUUAUGUAUCUGGCCGGCCUGAGCAGCCAAAAGAAAGGACUCCAACUAUGAGCUCAGUUGCCAUGCCUUAUACAGGCGGGGAUAUCAAAAAGUCUGGAGAACUUGGAAAAAUGUUUGUUAUCCCAACAACGGAUGGCUCGAGAUCACGGAAAUCUGGACCUAUCAACAAUGCCCCGUUGAGAACUGGAUCCUUUGGUGGCACUACUUCUCAUUCAGGUCAACUGAAUUCAGUCAAUCGUAUGACUUCUGCUGGAGGUACUUGAUCUGUUUCUCUGAAGAAGACCAA